CCUUUCCCCUCUAACCUCGUGAUGUUGGCUGUUUCCUGCUUUUUCUGCUGGACUGCCAAAACUGCACUGAAUAUUGCUCGUCGAUAGCAGGCACACAGCUCGGAUAUAGGACGCUUUAAUCAAAGCAUAAGGCUAUCGGACAUUUAUUUCACAUUCAAACAGACAGCAAUGCGAAGGAAAUCGAGAAUGUUACUAUGCUUCGCGGUCCUCUGGGUGCUUGGCAUAGCAUAUUAUUUCUAUUCGGGAACAACGUUAAAUCGAAAGGAUGACUGGAAUGCUAUUGACUCAUCAAAUCAGGCCCAGGUCCACCGCAACGCAGAUGACCAAACCCACAGCCUGGAGACACUACCCUCAGGCAAGGUGAGAUGGCAAAACUUUGACCAGGACCUAUAUGUUGGUGCUACGGUGGUGCGGCCAGGGCAGGAUCCCUACGCCCGCAACAAGUUCAACCAGGUGGAGAGUGACAAGCUGAGGAUGGACCGCGGAGUCCCUGACACCAGACACGACCACUGCCGGCAUAAACAGUGGAAGACAGAGCUGCCUGCUUCUAGUGUGAUCAUCACUUUCCACAAUGAGGCCCGCUCGGCUCUGCUCCGCACCGUGGUCAGUGUUCUUAAGAAGAGUCCCCCCCACCUUGUCAAGGAGAUAAUCCUGGUUGAUGAUUACAGUGACAACCCUGAAGAUGGAGCCUUGUUGGGGAAAAUUGAGAAGAUCCGGGUUCUUCGAAACGAUCGACGAGAAGGUCUGAUGAGAUCGCGGGUGAGAGGGGCCGACACAGCCACUGCCAGUGUUCUCACCUUCCUGGACAGCCAUUGCGAGUGUAAUGAGCACUGGCUGGAACCACUCCUGGAAAGGGUGGCAGAGGACAAAACGCGUGUUGUUUCCCCCAUCAUCGACGUCAUCAACAUGGACAACUUCCAGUAUGUAGGCGCCUCGGCCGAUCUCAAAGGAGGAUUUGAUUGGAAUUUGGUCUUCAAGUGGGACUAUAUGACCGUGGAGCAGAGGAGGGUGCGUCAAGGAAACCCCACUGCUCCAAUCAAGACUCCCAUGAUUGCCGGCGGCCUCUUUGUCAUGGACAAGGACUACUUUGAGUUGCUGGGGAAGUACGACAUGAUGAUGGAUGUGUGGGGUGGAGAGAAUCUGGAGAUCUCUUUCCGCGUGUGGCAGUGUGGCGGCAGUCUAGAGAUCAUUCCCUGCAGUAGAGUGGGCCACGUCUUCAGGAAGCAGCACCCAUAUACCUUCCCUGGGGGCAGUGGCACUGUGUUUGCUAGGAACACGAGGCGAGCAGCAGAGGUGUGGAUGGAUGAGUUUAAGAACUUUUACUACGCCGCUGUGCCCUCGGCCCGAAACGUGCCUUACGGCAACAUUCAGAGCAGGAUGGAGAUGAAGAAGAGGCUUGGCUGCCAGCCAUUCAAGUGGUACUUGGAGAAUGUGUACCCUGAGCUGCGGGUCCCUGAUCAUCAGGACAUUGCCUUCGGAGCUCUGCAGCAGGGAGGGAACUGCUUAGACACUCUGGGACACUUUGCAGACGGAGUGGUGGGGGUCUACGAAUGCCACAAUGCUGGGGGAAAUCAGGAAUGGGCGCUGACCAAGGACAAGUCAGUGAAGCACAUGGACUUGUGUCUGACGGUGGUGGAUCGCACUGCUGGCUCACAAAUCAAAAUGCAGGGCUGCAGGGAAAACGACAGCAGACAGAAAUGGGAGCAGAUUGAGAGCAACUCCAAGCUGCGGCACGUUGGCAGCAACCUGUGCCUGGACAGCCGCAGCGCACGUAAUGGGGGGCUGACAGUGGAGGUGUGCGGCCCCAACCUCAACCAGCAGUGGAAGUUCACACUCAACCUCCAGCCCUAGAGAGAGAGAGAGAUGGACAGACAAACAGAGAGAGAGAGUGUAUCCCCCACCAGCACCACAUCCUCUCCUCCCGGAGCCAAACAUACUAGAGCCACCUAUUACCAACACACACACAGACGGACGGACAGACUGAGGUCCCCGGAGGGGCCACAACACACAGAGGGAAGCAGGAUAUUGAAACUACAGACUACCAAGUGGGAUGAUGAUGAUUUUAAUGUUGGUGGUGGUGAUGAUGAUAAUGCUUUCCCUCCAACUAUAUACCUCAGCAUUUCAUCUUUAGUCCCCCUCUUUGGAAUGUGAGAAAGUCAUUUUUCUUAUUACAGGCGAAAGAAACUUUUGAUGUUUUUUUAUUUUGUGCGUGUCCUUUGUUCUCUCUUUCCACUGAAGUUCUGAAAUGGAUAAGACUAUUAAUUAGUCGUUUUUCUCUCUAGUAAUCUGUCUUUGUUGAAUGUAAAAGACGUAUUCUACAGAGGUUCCCUGACUAGACAAACUGGCCAGGAAGAAAGUGGAUUGUCUCAGCUGGUUUUGGCCCCUUAAAGUCCUGCUGGUAGAAGGGAAAUGACUCUAUGCACUGUUCCUCUCGUUCACUCAAACGCCUCUCUCCUGAUUGGUGGACUGCUCUGCCAGAGUUGAAAAGAGAUUUAAGAAAAUUAACAAUUUACAGAGUUUUCAUUCUGCUCCUGUCACGCGUGUUGUAAGAAGGUAGGUCAUCCGAUCAGAAGUGUUCUCUUCGCAGGCCUCCCAUGGAUACUGGUGGGGCCAGGAGUUGUCGAGGGUGUGGAUGUAUCGCUGCUGAAUCAUCACAGAUUGUAGCACUGGCUGCUACGGCUCCUCAGUGUUUGUCCCCUUUGUACAUCACAAUUGAAUGGAACCCCCCCCCAACAAAAUUAUUUUAUAUAUAUAUAUUCAUCAUGUUUUUCUUUAUAUUUCUUUGUACUAUUGUUGCAUUCUGACAGUUCUCUUGUGAGUAAAAACAAAUCUACUUACUUUCUAAAAAAAAAAAAAAAGUUGUCCUUUUCAGUGUCGGUGUUACCAUUGCAUCCAAAUGAGUAUUGGUGAAGAGUUUAUUACAGGGUCAUGUUGGAACCAUCAUUUCCAUUCUCAGAAGUCGACAAGUGUUGUCUCACACAGUGUAUGUAUUUGUGAUUUGACAUUUUAGAAAAUGCCACUUGUUCAGCGCGCUAAGUGACAGACAGCAUGUACAAGGUACAGGGCGAGGCCUUGCUGCAUGUUAUACCAAUACUUCUACGGCUUUUUUCUCCUACAGUUUCUCUUUCUGUCCAUUUGUUUCUCGACGAUGUCUUUGCCUUUUUUGAUAUCCAUCCCAUUUAAAAGAGAAUGUGUCUGUGUGCUAGUGAACAGCUUUCAACAGGUUUCUUGAAGGAGGGCAGGUCAUUCGGCUAUAGUUAACUGCACUCACAAGGGAGAAAAGCAAUAAGAUGUUCCUAUUUCAAUGUCAUUGUUGUGCAUUUAGCAUCUGCUUCGGAACCAUUCUGAUUGGGUUUCUACAUGUAGCUUGUGAUAUGUGGUACUUUAAACGUUACUGUUUGUUUCUGAGGGGCAGCAGAACCCACCUUUAAUGUGAUGGCCCAAGUAGCCUAUAACGACUUAUGAAAGCAACAAUUAAUCCACUGACGUGACAUUGGUUUUGUCUCGUGGGGGUUCCCCUGAUAUCAAUGGAGAUUAAUUUAUUCUAGAAUAGCAAAUUACUUAUUAUUUUGUAAGCUCUCCAUUAUAUAUGCAUACAAUUUACCAUAAGAAAUCUGUGUAAGUCCUACACAUCAAUCCCUGUGUGUUCUACACCAUUCUGGUCAAACUUCCUGAUACAAAAGGAAUCUCCAACCAUCAGUACAGAAAUGAGCAUCACAGCGACGGAGCAUAUGCAGCAGUCCCUAUCUGACGCUUGUGGAAAAGGUAUUGCAUUUAAAAAAUGCCAAAGAGAGGUGUCCCACAGUAAGAGAGGAAACAGAACAUAAUAUUUUCUUUGCAGUUCAGAAUGUGAGAUCCGUGUGAGAGCAGGACAAUGAAAUCAUGAGAUGAGUUGGGGGUUGUAACCUCCGUUAUGAGUUGGGGGUUGUAACCUCCGUUAUGAGUUGGGGGUUGUAACCUCCCGUGUGAGAUGAGUUGGGGAUUGUAACCUCCCGUGUGAGAUGAGUUGGGGGUUGUAACCUCCCGUGUGAGAUGAGUUGGGGGUUGUAACCUCCCGUGUGAGAUGAGUUGGGGGUUGUAACCUCCCGUGUGAGAUGAGUUGGGGGUUGUAACCUCCCGUGUGAGAUGAGUUGGGGGUUGUAACCUCCCGUGUGAGAUGAGUUGGGGGUUGUAACCUCCCGUGUGAGAUGAGUUGGGGGUUGUAACCUCCCGUGUGAGAUGAGUUGGGGGUUGUAACCUCCCGUGUGAGAUGAGUUGGGGGUUGUAACCUCCCGUGUGAGAUGAGUUGGGGGUUGUAACCUCCGUUAUGAGUUGGGGGUUGUAACCUCCCGUGUGAGAUGAGUUGGGGGUUGUAACCUCCGUUAUGAGUUGGGGGUUGUAACCUCCGUUAUGAGUUGGGGGUUGUAACCUCCCGUGUGAGAUGAGUUGGGGGUUGUAACCUCCCGUGUGAGAUGAGUUGGGGGUUGAAACCUCCCGUGUGAGAUGAGUUGGGGGUUGAAACCUCCCGUGUGAGAUGAGUUGGGGGUUGUAACCUCCCGUGUGAGAUGAGUUGGGGGUUGUAACCUCCCGUGUGAGAUGAGUUGGGGGUUGUAACCUCCCGUGUGAGAUGAGUUGGGGGUUGUAACCUCCCGUGUGAGAUGAGUUGGGGGUUGUAACCUCCCGUGUGAGAUGAGUUGGGGGUUGUAACCUCCCGUGUGAGAUGAGUUGGGGGUUGUAACCUCCCGUGUGAGAUGAGUUGGGGGUUGUAACCUCCCGUGUGAGAUGAGUUGGGGGUUGUAACCUCCCGUGUGAGAUGAGUUGGGGGUUGAAACCUCCCGUGUGAGAUGAGUUGGGGGUUGUAACCUCCCGUGUGAGAUGAGUUGGGAGUUGUAACCUCCCGUGUGAGAUGAGUUGGGGGUUGUAACCUCCGUUAUGAGUUGGGGGUUGUAACCUCCGUUAUGAGUUGGGGGUUGUAACCUCCCGUGUGAGAUGAGUUGGGGGUUGUAACCUCCCGUGUGAGAUGAGUUGGGGGUUGAAACCUCCCGUGUGAGAUGAGUUGGGGGUUGUAACCUCCCGUGUGAGAUGAGUUGGGAGUUGUAACCUCCCGUGUGAGAUGAGUUGGGGGUUGUAACCUCCCGUGUGAGAUGAGUUGGGGGUUGUAACCUCCCGUGUGAGAUGAGUUGGGGGUUGUAACCUCCCGUGUGAGAUGAGUUGGGGGUUGUAACCUCCCGUGUGAGAUGAGUUGGGAGUUGUAACCUCCCGUGUGAGAUGAGUUGGGGGUUGUAACCUCCCGUGUGAGAUGAGUUGGGGGUUGUAACCUCCCGUGUGAGAUGAGUUGGGGGUUGCAACCUCCCGUGUGAGAUGAGUUGGGGGUUGAAACCUCCCGUGUGAGAUGAGUUGGGGGUUGUAACCUCCCGUGUGAGAUGAGUUGGGGGUUGAAACCUCCCGUGUGAGAUGAGUUGGGGGUUGUAACCUCCCGUGUGAGAUGAGUUGGGGGUUGUAACCUCCCGUGUGAGAUGAGUUGGGGGUUGUAACCUCCCGUGUGAGAUGAGUUGGGGGUUGUAAGUUUCACAUGGUAAGAGCUUUGAUUGCUAUCAGGUACGUACGUCACUGUUGAUAUUGAAACAAUUGUAAUGUGAAAUUCAAGUGGCCUACAGUACUAAAAGGGAUUGCUCGGGGGAACAUUGUCAACAUGGUGGCAACGGUUGUUCAAGUAUUGAAUCAAGCCUUUUUUGUAAGAUUUGUGUGAAAAUGACAAGUUUGCUGUUCACUUUAGGAGAAAAAAAAAUAAUCCUAGCAUUACAGCCACAUUUUAAUUGGAUGAAAUGUUUACAUAGCACAAUGUGCCAAAGUUAUUUACUUAUUUGAUUUACAUUGUCAAUACAAGGUGAAGGAUGUGCUAUUGGCAUAAUGAUGACGAAUAAUAAACCAAAUCAAGAAAAUAGUAGUUUGGGACAUCAAAUAUGAUUUGUUCCUUUGAUAAAACGGUUUGCUGUAGGAUUCAAAUCACAGGGGAGGCAGCAUGGGGGUAACCAAUGUAAAAGUGUAUGUUUGUAUAUACACUACGUUGAUCUACUGUACAGUAUGAACAAGCAACACCAGUGAGUGGAUCUACUGUACAACGCUUGGAAUUGUUCACUGUUUUAUAGCUAUGGCAAAACUUUUACUUUAAAUUAGGAAAAAUGUACUUAAAUAAAUGCAUUUAUAUAUGA